GGUUAUGUUUGUUCAAGAUAGCGUAAAAUAAUAUUCACAGAAGGCCGUAUCGAGUUACAUACGUCUGCGGUCUGCUUCGUUAACACAACGAAUUUUGUUGAAGUUAGGCUGCUUAGGCAAGCGACAUAUGCCUGAAAGAAUGGCUUCUGAAAAAUCUCCGGUUGAAAAUCCAGAAAUGCAGGUUAUGAAGCAAAGAAUAUCGAAAUUUUUUUCAGAGUAUGGCCGACGUCAUGGUCUGAACUUUAAACCGCGAUCAGACGAUGUGCUCAUCGUAACUUCGCCCAAAUGUGGUACAACAUGGAUGCAACAGAUCUUGCACCAGCUACGAAGUGGUGGAGAUAUGUCAUUUGAUGAAAUCACUGAUGUUGUUCCAUUCCUAGAAAGUGCUUAUGAUACAGAGAGAGACCUUGAAGCUGAGCACAAUUUUCAACCACGAUGUUACAAGACCCACGCUUGGUAUCCCGACUGUCCCAAAGGUGCUAAAUACAUUGUCAUCUACCGUGAACCAUGUGCUUCUUUCAACAGUUACUUCAACUUUCUCAAAGGCUGGAUUUUCCAACCUGGGAAGAUUUCCCUCAAUGAAUUUGUGCAAGAAUUUCCGCUUGCUCUUGGUGAACCAAAAAGCAAAAUGCAGCAUUAUGCGAUUUAUGCCUCAUAUUUUCUUCACUUGAUGAGCUGGUGGGAACACAGGAACGAUCCAAAUGUCUUGUUUUUGUUCUACGAGGACAUGAAAGACGACUUGGAGAGCGUAGUCAGAAAGGUUGCAUCGUUCAUAGGAAUUGAAGACGAAGAAAGAAUUAAAAAAGCUGUUGAAAUGAGUUCCUUUGAAUUCAUGAAGAGCAACGAGAGGAAAUUUAUUUUUGCGCGCCUAGCAAAAUAUAGAAAUAAAGUUUGUGGUUUACCAGAGGGAGCCGAAGGUAGAAUAGUUGCCACAGGAUCUGCAACUAAAGGACGAGAAAUGAUGGAUGAGAAGACUAAAGAAAUGAUUCAGGCAAAGUGGAAUGAGGUGGUUUGGAAACAGACUGGAUUUCAAGAUUACCAACAGCUCAGAAAUGCAUUCAAGAAGCAAAACGAAAAUAAAUGAAUGAAUUAAACUAUUAAAAUGAAAUUGCAGCUAUUAAAAAAGUUGUUGCUUUCAAAGAACUAUCCUAAGUUUUCAUUCUUUGAAAAAUAGCUUGUAUAGUUCAUAGUUGUAUUCGCAUUGAUUUACAUGCAGGAUAAGGAUUAUUUGUAUGUUUUA